UCAGUAACGAUGCGCUCUCGCGCUCUGUGGCUCUCCGUUGGGAUCCUGUGGUGCGUAUCUCGGGCCGUGUCUGAAUACUCAUCCAAGGCUGACCUGGAGUACGAAUUCGGCGACUACCGUGGCAAGUGGUGUAUCGAUGACCAUGGCUUCGUGUACGGUAUCGGUGAGGUCUAUUACCCGAGCCCCACCGCGUGCCCCUGCACCUGCACCGAAGACGGACCUCUCUGUAUCAGACCGAAAUGCCCGCGCAUUCAUCCACGCUGCACGCGCAUUAAGUACAAGUCCUGCUGCCCUGUGUGCGAAGCUGUCAGCAAGGUCUGCCUCUACGGCGGGAAAACAUACAGACCUCUGGAGGAGUUCAAGUUAUCUCCCUGUGAGAAGUGUCGCUGUGAGGCUAACCGAGAGGUGUACUGUACCAUAUCUGGAUGUCCUGCGCUGCACUGUGUAGACCCCACGUUUGAGCCCAACCACUGCUGUCCAAUAUGCAAGAAUGGUCCCAACUGCUUUGCUGGGAACCAAGUGAUCCCAGCAGGGGAGCGUGUAGACGUGGACGAGAGGACGGUGUGCUUCUGCACCUAUCGGGACGGUACGUGGCAGACGCACCCCCACGCCACCUGUGAAACCCGCCAGCGAGACGACGACAACAACAACAACGAGCUGGGUGGAACGGAGGCUUCCACCACACAGAUGGAGGAGAGCGAAAAGGAGAGCGAGACUGAAAUCGAGUGGGAAACGGAAAGGGAGAGGGACCGCGAGAAAAAAAGACAGUUCUCACCCAGGCUGGACUUUAUUCCAUGAGGGAGGGCAGGGGGUCGUUAUGUUUUCUGGCUCUGGUGGUCUGGUCAGAGGGAGGGGGGCCAGGUACGCUACAUGCCCAGGGUAGAAGCAUGCUGUGUGGGCACGGCUGCCAGGACUGACCUCUGCCAUGCUCCACUCCCCUUUCCGGACCCACAUAUGUUGACAAAACACAUUAGAUCCAUUAAACAGACUGCUUCCAUCUGUAGUACACUAAAUGUGACACGUUAUAGUGUUGGAGGUCCAACUCAUGCCAGCAUGUGCACACACACACACACACACCCCACACCCACAUACACACACACACCCCACACACACACACACACACAAUGUUUCAUGCCUGUUUAUCUUGUAAAUAUAUUGCAGUAGAACAGACACAGGUAGAGGGCACAAAAGAAAACAUGGACACCAGUCUCUUGUAAACUAUGUAACAGUUAUAUCGAUAAAGGGCUCAUCAACAUUUCAAGUAAACAUGCAUAGAGGUGGUGUAUGAUCAGCAUCUGUAUUAUAAAGUGGCGGUCACUUUCUGAAGACUUUCAUUCAGGCAUUUCUCACCUGACAGUCAUCAUUCAUUACUUUAAUGCUUAAAGUCUGUACAUACUUUGUCAUAAACAAGUAAUCGAAUGCAGAAUUGUUUCCUUAAUAGGUAAAGAUAGAAAUUAAAACAAUAGUAGCCAUACUUCAAUUCUGUGUUUGAUAUUGAUAUAUGUAAAUAAUAUGUGUGCGUCUGUGUGUGUUCGGGUUGUUUACUUUUGGGCAAAAAAAUAUGCAUUUUAUUGGUCUUUUACCCUGUUGUAUAAUGUACAAUGGUGAUGGUUUGUCAAGUUAAGUGAUGAUUAAAAUCAGCUGAGUGAACCUUUGAAA